AUAUAAAUUCGGCCAAGAUCAGAUAGCUGUAAUUGGCAGUAAUCAUGAUCGAGUUAGUUCUUAUUUUGUCUUUUUGCUUUUUUGGCGUUCAAGCUCAAGUUCCAGUACUUGCAAAAUGCCCUGAAGUCAGUGUUCAAGAGAAUUUCGAUUUGAACAAAUACCUAGGCACUUGGUACGAAGAAGAAAAAUAUUUCGCAAUUUUUGAAGUUGAUGCCAGAUGUGUCGCUGCUGAAUAUUCCCUUAACGAAAAUGGCACAGUGAAAGUUCUCAAUACCCAAAUUGAUAAGUUAACUGGAAAAAAAUCAUCAAUUGAAGGCUCUGCUAAGGCAGCAAGUAGCAGCGGCGAAGGAAAAUUUGCGGUGAACUUCCCAGGCAGGGGAUUCCAAGCAGAUGCUCCUUACUGGGUUUUAGAAACAGAUUACGAAAAUUAUUCAGUUGUAUGGUCCUGUGUUGAUAUUACUCCUCCUAUAAGUGCUAGAUUUGCAUGGAUUUUAACGAGAGAAAGAAACCCAUCACAAGAUGUAGUCAAUAAGGCACAAGCAGUUCUUGACAGACUCAAUAUAAGUAGAAAGGAAAUGAUAAAAACCGAUCAAACUAAUUUGAAUCGAUUGGACAACAAAGGCAAACUUCAAGAAACAGUUCCUAUUAGGGACCAGUUAUAUUUCUCAGCAUCCGUUAUCGUUGCUGUAACGAUGACGUUGAAACUGUUUUUGAUUUCGGCAAUUUUCAUUUGUGAAAUAUGGUGUCAAGUACCAUUUUUUGGAAAGUGCCCCGAUGUAGAUGUACAGAAAAACUUCGACUUGAAUAAAUAUACAGGGCGAUGGUACGAAGCUGAAAAAUACUUUGCUAAUUUUGAGCUAGGAAAGAAAUGUAUUUUCGCAGACUAUUCUGUGUUUGAGAAUGGAACGAUGAGAGUAUUGAACCAGGACAUUAAUAGCAAAACUCAGAAGAAAAGUAGUAUAGAAGGGAAUGCUCGACUUGCAGGAAAACCAGAUGAGGCCAAACUAUUAGUGAAUUUUCCAGCUAGAGGAGCUCGUGUGGAUGCCCCAUAUUGGAUUCUAGAAACAGAUUACGACAAUUAUGCAGUUGUUUGGGCCUGUUCUGAAUAUCCAAGGGUAAGCACCAAGUAUGCUUGGAUCUUGACGAGAAAAAGGAACCAAUCCGAAGAUAUUUUGAACAAAGCAUACAAUGUUUUCGAAAGGCUAAAUCUAAGCAAGAAGGAUUUAUUUAAAACGGAUCAGACGGACUGUCCAAUCGACGAAUAAUCGAAAUAUACAUUUCUAAUUCAUAACAUCAUAACUAAUCAUUGUUGAAUUGAUUGAAAGAAUUAAAUAGAUAUUGAACACGAA